AUGGCUCCUUUAGCCACUUCUGAGAAAAAAUAUGAUGUCUUCCUUAGUUUUAGAGGUGAGGAUACUCGUGAUAAUUUUACUAGUCAUCUUUAUUCAGCUCUGAACAAGAAAAAGAUCUUUACGUUCAUGGAUAAGGAAAUCAAGAGAGGAGAAGAAAUUUCGCCAUCGAUCGCGAAAGCCAUCAAAGGGUCGAAGCUCUCUGUGAUUAUUUUCUCUGAGAAGUAUGCGUUUUCAAAAUGGUGCUUGGAUGAACUUACAAAGAUUCUUGAAUGCAAGAAAAUGAAUGGGCAAAUUGUAAUACCGGUGUUCUAUAGAGUGGAUCCAGUGCAUGUACGAAAUCAAAGGGGAAGCUUUGCAUGUGCAUUUGCUAAACAUGAAGAAACUUUGAAGGAGAGAAUGGAGAAGGUGGAGAGCUGGAGAAGUGCCUUGAAUGAAGCAGGUAGCAUAUCUGGGUGGAAUUCACUGGAUGUUGAACUAUCCAAAGCCAUCAGGUCCCCAAGUACACCUGAGAUUGAACCUAAGCAUCAUAAUAUCAUGUGA